AUGGCGGCGAUUCCGUCAGAGGGUGGAAUCGCACUAGAGCCGCUUCCCCCGCCCGGGCCACGAAAGCGCCGCAAGAAACGAAAGCAGAAAGCGGAGGACGAGAAGGAAAUCCAGAUUAAUGCCGAUCAAACUAUUCAGCAACCGCAAGACGACUUGCUGCGAAUCGGAUACGAUAACGAAAGCUUCGUGGAAGCAGAAGCACCUUUACCGGCCGGUGCAGUAGCCGCUGGAACAGAAUCCCCACAAGUAGUAUCGCCACGUUCACCUCAAACUCCCAAUCACCUCGACUUGUCCCAUCCACCUCAGUUUGCCCUCGAAGAAGAGCAACAGGAAGAACCGCAGCCAGCUGACAAUCGAAUUCUAGGCGUCAAUAUUCAUCGCACCGACCAUCUACUUUUCUCGAUCAGAAAAAUCGUCGUGAAACUUACUUUAUUCAACGAGGCAACAGGCAGACUCAUCCAAAAGUCCCUCACGGAUAGAGCCGCUGUUUCAUUUUACGAGAGCCAGCGGCAGAUUAGCUUCAUCAUGCCAGUUCUAACUCAACCAUUCCAAGUCGAAAAAGAACUGUCGCUUUUGCCGCGCUGGGACGAGUUGAUAGAAAUCAAUGAACAAUUCGAAUUCAUCCUCGGCCAGAAUCCCGUUCUCUUGUUUGAAGUCCAGCAGUGCCUCCCAGAAAGCCUCGUUACCUGUGCUUGGGCUUAUUUGCGGCUUAGAGGAACCGCUCAAGCUACGGUAGAUCAACAAAUCAGACUGCAAUUAUUCUCUCCACCGAAACAACGCGAUCCUACUAAAAUGACGGAAAGCUGUUUUGGUCUUUUAAAAAGCCGCUCGCUCUCAAGUUCAAAGAUCAACUCAUCCCUCCACGUGACUGUUUGCCGCUUGACUCCCUUCGACGAGCGGGAAGGACUAGCUUCGUCGGUCAAUCGGUCCAUGAGAGCUGACCAGUCCGAAGCUCGCGAUUUCGAUGAAUUGGGAGCGCUUACGAGAGAGCCAUCGAGUAUUUCGUACAAGAAUUCAAAAACAGGCCUUGCCAUUGAGAUCGACUGGGCCCGACCCGCCGGGAAACCGUGUCAAAUUCCAAACAGCCGCUUUGAUUUUGUAACGAUCCCAGAUUUCGGCGGUUUCUGCUGUCGCUAUUCUCCAAAUGGUCAGUGGGUUGCCUGGACGUCUGCGGCGCCGAAUGAACAUUGCAUUGUUGUUCAAUCUGCUAUUGCGCCGCUUGAUGGAGAGAGGAUACAGAGAGUGCCUGCGCAUGCAGGAUUGAUCUAUGACUUGGACUGGAAUCCCGAAUCGAAUAGAAUUGUUGUUUGCUCGGCUGAUAGAACUGCUACUGUUUGGGCUUUUGAUCAGAAAGAUUUAUCCCCUGAUCCGAUUGCAGUUCUUCCAGCACCGUGUUAUCUCUAUACUGUUCGUUUCUUCCCACAGAAUCCGGAUUUGGUAUUUUUGGCUGGACAAAAUGGCUUCAUUUACGUAUACUCUCUCGGCCAAGAUCAUCCCCAGCUUAUACAAGAGCUCAAUGUGGGUAAAACGAUCAUCAACUCGAUUUCUUUCAAUUUAAACGCAACGGUGCUAUACGCGACGGCAGAUGAUGGUUUCCUCUACUCCUUCCCGAUCGAGCAGGGCCUUUUGGAUGGAAAUCAAGUUGAUAAAAUAAAGAUCUCUGAUGAAGGAUGUAACUGUGUGGCAGCUCAUCCCAAGGCCACGAAAAAAGCCGCGAUUCUGUCCCGCGACGGAUGCGCGAGGAUUGUGGACGUCAGAGCAAAUCGCAUUCAGCCGCUCCCAGGUAUCGAGCUGCGCAGUCAACUAACUCGACUUUGUUUUUCCGCCUGUGGAAGUCUCCUUUUCGCCGGCUCUGAGUCCGGCUCAAUCGUUUGCUGGAGCACAGUAACAAAUAAAAAAGUGGUGGAAAUCUCCGCUUCUGACCUGCGCAACACCGCACCAUGUCGCGAUAUUUCUUACCAUCCGCAUCACCAUUCCCUCGCUUCUAUUUGUUAUCAGACGAAAAAGGGGCUGCAAAUCUGGAAAUAUGACAUGACAAAGGCGCAUUUGGAGCGAUCAACACGCGUUGAUAUCCGACCAUCGGAGACACUAAAACCUCUGCCGCGGCAAAGCGGACCUUUGGAACCACUGAGUCGGUCAGAAAACUCACUCCUCGGCAGCUCAAGUCGGCUGAGGAAGUCCGUCCUUCCUCCGAUGAAUACGACUAGCAAUGGCACGGUGUUAAAUGACGUUCGAGCGCAGUUUGAAGCUGCACUUACAAAAAUUACUUCGGCAAAUGCACGACACGACGACUCUUUUGUUGACAGGCCGAUGGAUCUGGCAGAUCUUAACACAAGUUUUACCUCACGACUUGGUACCUCAAGUUUGACAAGAUUCGGUCGCCAACGAGAUGAAAACGUUGCCGAGCCCCAAGAGAUCGAAAAAGUCCAAAUAACCACCCAUGCGCCCGUCCUGAUGCGGUCACAACCUCCGCCCAUGUCUGCUCAACCACCAGAGUUUAAGGCGCCGCUUCCUGUCGACGGUGAACCUAAUCCGUUGAGCAACAGUCAAAACAUGCGCAUGGCAAGUCCAAUUACAACACCGACAAAGAAGACCCGAAAGAAGAAGAAAAAAUCAACCUUGGAAACAUCAGAAAAUCAGAAAACAAUGAAUGAAAGCGAAAACUUACCACCUCGGCCGCCAACGAUACCCACAAAUGCGACCGCAACGAUUCCAAAAUCUCCACCUUCGGUGAAAAAGCGCCAAGCUCCACCUCCACCAACUCCUCUAAAAUCUCCCGAAAUGAUGAUGCCAUAUCCUGCUCCAAAAGCAGAACGACCAAAACCUAUGACGACAAACCUCUUCGAUCAGAUCCGCAGUAUGACGGAGCUGUAA